ACCGCCGGCCACGUGCAACCGCCCCGCCCGCCAGCCGCUCAAAUAUGGGCUCCUGCGGGGCGGUGGGCUCUGUGCGUGCGCGCUACCUUGUGUUCUUCCAGUACUUGGGCACUGACUUCAAUGGAGUUGCGGCCUUGAGGGGUAAUCCACGCGCUGUUGGGGUGCUGAACUUCCUGGAGGAGGCUGCCAAGCGGCUGAACUCUGUCGACCCGGUCAGGUUCACCAUCUCUAGCCGCACUGAUGCCGGAGUGCAUGCCCUGAGCAACGCGGCGCACCUGGACAUCCAGCGCCGCCCAGGUCAGUCGCCUUUCUCCCCGGAGGUCGUGACCAAGGCCCUCAACACCCACCUGAAGCACCCGGCCAUUCGUGUACUGAAGGCCUUCCGAGUGCCCAACGACUUCCACGCUCGACACGCAGCCACCUCCAGGACCUACCUAUAUCGUCUGGCCACAGGCUGCUCCUGGCCUAAUCAACUGCCUGUGUUUGAACAAAAUGUAUGCUGGGCUCUGCAGACAGAGUACCUGGAUACGGCAGCCAUGCAGGAGGCUGCCCAGCACCUCCUCGGGACACAUGACUUUAGUGCCUUCCAGUCUGCUGGCAGCCCAGUCACAAAUACUGUACGCACACUUCAAAGAGUCUCAGUGUCACCUGGUCCAGCCAGCCCAUUUGUCCUCCCCCAGGGGAGCAGGAGGCUGCAGUUCUGGACCUUGGAGUUUGAAAGCCAGUCUUUCCUUUAUAGACAGGUGCGGAGGAUGACAGCUGUGUUGGUGGCUGUGGGGCUAGGGAUCCUGGCACCCACACAAGUGAAAGUGAUUUUGGAGAGUCAAGAUCCCUUGGGCAAGUAUCAGGCUCGAGUUGCUCCAGCCCGUGGCCUGUUCUUGAAGUCAGUGCUAUAUAACAACUUUGGUCCUACAUCCUGAACCCUAUGGUGUCCACAGUGUGGAAACCAGAUGACGGUACACAGUGGAGAUGAAGCCACAAUAAUUGUCCAACAUUUA